AUGGGCUCCCGCCGGCUGCUCAUACUGAUGCUGCUUCAGGCAGUUUGGAAAGAUGCUCUGGGAAAAUCGCAUUCACUGCACACUCGAGGAAUCAUUGAAUUGGCUGGAGCUAUAUCGUGUGGCACGGGACGGUCUCCUUUGGCAUACAUUGGCUAUGGAUGCUACUGUGGACUGGGAGGACGAGGCUGGCCUAGAGAUAAAACAGACUGGUGCUGCCACACGCACGACUGCUGCUACGACAAGGCAGAGAAGGCAGGCUGCAGCCCCAAGGUGCAGCGCUACCGCUGGGCGUGCGAGCAGAACACCGUGCGGUGCGAUAACCUGACAGACCAGUGUGAAAAAAUGGUGUGCCUGUGUGACCAAGAAGCAGCCAAGUGUUGGGGAGCAGCCCCAUAUAACCCACACUUCGCCCUCUGGCCAGAUUUUUUAUGUGGACAGACUCAUCCCACCUGCCAUGUCAGAUAUGGGGGGCCAGAAUAGUCUUUUUGGAACCUUUCUUCUAACCCUUUGAAUAUAAAGGUGCUGGAAUAAAAUUUUUCUUCCUUUUCCAGAGC